GCUUAUACAUGGCUGCAUUGUUCUGAUUACGAACCACAUAAUCCAGCUUUCUAAAUUGUUUAUGCUUAGUUAGUUGUAGUUGAAUUUUGCCUUUGAUAUUCUCUUUAGCUUAGGUUAUCAAAAUUGUGCAUUUCUGGAUUGAAAUAUAGUACUUGUAUAGCUGUAUGGGAUAUCCUUUUAUGUGUUAAUAUACGAGUUUAUAAAACCUCGUCCCAUCAGUUUCAGAUAUAGUUUGUUGCUAAGAGGCUUAAGGGGAGAAAAGUAAGAAGGAUAGCCCUGAUUUCGAACUCCACGCAUAUGAGGAUGCUAGUUUGAGUAUCUGAACAUAUUGUCUAAUUUACGUACUUGGUGCUUUGAGAAGCCCUUGGCUUUGAGCAUCCAUGGAAGGUGCUUCCAUCACAAGCGUACCUAACUCUUCCAACUCCACACUUCCGCUCCCAUCAAAGCAAGAUGAAAGCCAAUCAGAGAAUGUCAGAGAAGAAGAUGAAGAUGAAGAAGAUGAUGAAGAAAAUGGAGAGGAAGAGAAAGAUGAGUGCGGGUUUUGCUUAUUCAUGAAAGCAGGCCCAUGUGGAGAGAGAUUCGCAGCUUGGGAACAGUGCGUUAAAGAGUCUGAGAAGAACAAGGAUUAUGCCGCUGUAAAGUGUGUUGAUGUCUUCAAAACUUUGAAUGAGUGUAUGACAAAGAACCAAGAUUACUAUGAUUUUUUCUUCGAGGCUGAGAAAGCAGAAUUGGAGAAGGAAGAAGAUAUUAUGAGUAAGAGCUCAGAGCACAAAUCUAAUCCAGCUGGGGAUUCGACUGACAGGCAAGAAAGUUAGCCAGACCGGUGCUCCUUAAUUUAGCAUCAACAAUCGGAAAUAGGGUAAUUUUUGCCGGGAAGUAGUAUUUAGAUUCCAAGUCAUUGUUAAUUACUGUUCUUGCUGAGAUGAACUGUUAUCAGUGGCGACAUUUACUUUUCUUAAAAACAUACAUUGAAUUAAAAACAUACAUUGAAGAGAUGCCCCCUAGGGAUCACUAUAUAGGGUUAUCGAAUGCUAACAGAGGAAGCGCUGCAUUGAUAGAUAAUUACUUGUUUAAGGCAACAUUGUGACAUUUCAGUUCACCAGAGAAAUAUAUGAUAUAUGAAUAUAG